AUGGAGGUAGCUGUUAAGAUCAUCCCUGCAGAUAAUCCUGCCGACUUGCUGAAAGAGGUGGAUAUCAUGUUGGCGUGCACAAGCCCGUACAUCGUACGUCUGCACGACUGCUUCUAUAAGGACAACGAAGCGUGGUUGGUCAUGGACUUUGUGGGCGGAGGGAGCGUGUGCGACAUUCUCGAGGCGUGCCAAGUAACGCUGUCAGAGGAAGAGGCAAGAGAGUGCACCGCGUGGACCGUGCUUGCUCUGGACUACUUGCAUAGCAACAGGAAGUUGCACCGGGAUGUGAAGGCCGGCAACAUCCUUCUGACGCUUGACGGCCGAGCAAAGCUGGCGGAUUUUGGCGUUUCGAAAGAGGUUAACACGAUGGCGAAUAAAGCCCAGACAGUUAUUGGCACUCCUUAUUGGAUGGCGCCAGAAGUAAUUCAGGAGGUUCCGUAUAAUGGCCAAGCAGAUAUUUGGUCUCUGGCAAUUACCUGCAUUGAGAUGGUGGAGGGUAACCCGCCUCUGCACAACGUGCACCCAAUGCGGGCCAUCUUUAUGAUACCGUCCAAACCAAGUCCGACGUUGUCCGAACCCGCUAAAUGGUCGCUGGAGUUCAACGACUUUGUCGGCAGGUGCUUGGAGAAGAAGCCGGAUGACCGCCCUUCGUCAAGAGCUAUUUUACGGGAAGCUAGUGAUGCCAAGGCCAACAUGGCAGGUCAAGAGAGCAGCGAAGAUGGCAGUGGUAGCAAGACGGCUACAUUGCGACGAAUGAGGUGA